UUGGGUUCUUUGGGGUAAUUAACCGAUUCAAAUGGCGGCGUCAACACCGAAAAAGAGCUGUGUUCAGUCACACGUAAGGGAACAAGGAAAGGAUGACAAUAAUAUUAGACACUGGAUAUCAGCUGUGAUGAGCCUUUGUACUAACAAUACUCUCUGUUACAUUAUAUUGACCCCUCUAAAAAUAACUAAUUGCAAUGCCUCAGCCCAUGUUGGUUCCACCUUUUCUGGGGCAUUUUGUGAGACCGAAUUCUUUGAAGAUGGACUGGUUUUUGGCAACGUUUUUCUAAACGGAAUGGAUAUAGUAGUGAACUACAUUAAGAACAAAUCUUAUCCUGAAAAUAAAGAACAAAUUCUCGUGCUAAACAAGUUGCUGAAAUUUAUGAACGGAGACAGAAAGAUUAGUGUCCAGGGUUUGCAAAAGUUCUCGGGAAAGGAGCUGACAAAACUUGUUGCAAACCAUUUGUUUGGAAAACUCGCUACAUCCUCCUAUUACUUGGUUGACAAAAACAGCAUCGGUCCAAAGGGUGAUCAGUGUUUUUGUGGAGAUAAUUUGUGCAAGAUCACAGGCCAUUAUGGGGACACAAGUGUUGGAAAUUCAGAAGUGUGGCAUGGAGAUUUAGAUAUUGUCAUCAGCGACCUGGCUGUAGUUCAUGUUGAAGAUGAAACUGAGAGUGCUGAUGGAAAGUCUCCAGUGGAAGUAAAGUGGAAGUCUGCUUUGUCUAGAAAUCCAAAAAUUAUUGCACAGACCAUUGUUUUUUCCUUUCUGCAAAAGAAGGCACACCCAGAAAGGGAUACUUUUUUAACUCCUUGCAUUGGAAUUGGAAGUUCAGAGCUGGUGGUCAUGUUUUAUGACUGUGAACACGAUGUUCUUCUGGAGAGUUCUAGCAUACCUGUGUUCAGUGAUCCAUCGUCAUUGGAGUUUUCUUACACUGCUAUCCUGGUGUCCUGGCUUGUUGUGAAUUAUAAAUUCUUGUGUACUGGAUUACCUGAUCAUAUGACAGCAUCAAAUAGUGAUUUUUGUGUUCAUGCUAGUAAAAAACUCAAGAUUUAUGAAGAAAACCUAGUAUUUGGUAAUGUUGACAGUUAUCAAAGUAUACAGGGUAAACAUUGUCCAAGAAUCAAAUGUAACCCAAUAAUGCACGAACAUGAGAGAGCACUACAGGAGCUGCUGUGGAGCAUGGACACACCAUCUGGUUCAAGCGAUAGGGCGAGUGACUUAAAUCCAAAGCCCCCAUAAAUGUUCUUCUUUAUAAUGUGUAAGAAAUUUGUAAAUGUUGGUUGUGUUCUAAAAAUGUGCCUAAACAUGAAUAAAUUCAUUGCUCUUAAAAUCUGCAUAAGAAUUACAUGUAUAGUAAAAGUCUAAUUCAAUAUUAAUACCCAAAUGUACGGUUCCUUAGCACAAUUUAUGACUGUCCAAAUUUUUUGAUGUGAAAGAACUGACAUAGUUUAUUUAUCCACUUUAUCACAUCUUUAUCUCAAUAUACAGUGAAUAUCACUCAUGGAGUCAAAUUUUGAUAUUACAUUGUGUGUUUUUAUGCCACAUGUCAUCAUAAUAAACGUUACGUAGGUUUAGGGGGUUGAUUGAAGUAGAAUGAAAAAGUAAAUAAUUAAUUCAGUUGAAAAGUACUCAGUUGUAAAUGGGAAGCAUUUAAUGUUGUUUCAAUUAUUUUUUAUGAAUUCAUAAAUAUUUGUUUGAAAAUGAA